AUGGCCCUCCUGGCUCACACUGUGGCACUGCUGGCAAUGACUGUGGCCACGGUGGCCCUCAAGGUGGUUCCCCUGGACAUGGCCCGGGACUCCUUCGAUGACCAGUAUCGGGGCUGUGGCCAUGCCAUGACCACGGCGUUGCCGUCUCUGUACUACUUUGAGUCCCAGGUGAAUCCUCUCUUUGCCCAGACAUGGGUGAAGGCCGAGGCUGAGUGGCGCAAGAGGGGCUCCCCUGUCUCCCCUCUGGUGUCUCCAGCCCAGGCCAUCGCUCUCAUGGCCUACACAACGAAGGACAUUUACAAGGACUUCAACACGGCUGUGCGCGCGGCUGGGCGCUCCCACCAGGAAUAUCGGAACAACUUCCACUUCAAAACGCUGCAUUUCCUGCUGACCAAGGCACUGGUGACACUGAGGCAUGCUCAGAACAGGCAGUGUCGCCACGUGUUCCGGGGUGUGCAUGAUGUCCAGUUCCAGGCACGGCGUGGUCAGAGGGUCCGGUUUGGUCAGUUCACAUCGACGUCGCUGAGCAAAGAGAUUGCCCAGAAAUACGGGACGGACACCAUGUUCGAUGUUCACACUUGUCAUGGUGUGGACAUCCAGGCUUUUUCCUUCUAUCUGAGCAACCGAGAAGUGCUGAUCCCUCCAUACGAAACCUUCAAGGUCACCAAAGUCACCCGGAAUGGGAAGAGGGCAUGGAUCAGUCUCCGUUCCACCGGGACCUUCAGCAAACACAACUGCGCGUGGCUGUGA